AUGGUGUCUACCAAGGGUUCAAUCACUCCGACCGGAAUGAGCAACCCCGACAAGGAAGUCAUCCUGACCCCAGGGGCUAUCGAGAAGGCUGAGCUGCAGGAUGAGCCACCGAUUUUCUCAUCCACCUUUCAAGAAGCUUUUUUCAUCUUCAUCAUUGGCCUAUCGCAACUAUUCUCCAUCGGCGGCGUAAGUAUUGCUGCAUACCCAAUGCAGCAGAUCGGUACAGCUCUUGGUACAACCAGCAAUGGCCAGAUGUCCUGGUUUCUUUCUUCAUAUGCUCUCUGUGGUGGUGUCUUCGUCCUAGUCACCGGUCGUUUAGGCGAUCACUUUGGCCAUAAAUAUGUCUUCCUCUUCGGCUGGAUCUGGAUGGCAAUCUGGUCUGUGGUGUGUGGUUUCUCUCAUAACGUCAAGUUAUUUGAUAUCUCUCGAGGGCUCAUGGGAAUCGGGAAUGGCGCUUUAGUCCCCAAUUCUUUCGCCCUUUUGGCACGUGCAUUCCCUCCUAUGUCUAUGAAGAAGAAUAUCGCCUUUGCCUUCCUAGGUUUCUGCGCUCCGUCGGGCUUUAUCUUUGGUGGAUUGAUCGGAGGUGCUUUCGGUGAAAAAGUAACCUGGCGGUGGGGGUUCUGGUUCUGGGCGAUCGGAUGUCUUUUUCUGACUGCGGCAAGCUUUUUGACUAUUCCUCACCGAAUCGGCUCGGCGAUUCCAGGACUAAGUCUCCGGAACUUCGACUAUAUUGGUAGCUUGUUAGGCAUAUCAGGCCUGAUUUUGUUCUCAUUUGCUUGGAGUCAAGCUUCUGUUGUUGGCUGGCAAGAGCCAUAUAUCUACGCCUUGCUUAUUGUCAGUAUAUUUCUACUGGUCGGAUUUGUAUUCUCCCAGUCCUAUGUCUCAGCACCCGUCCUACCUAAUUCUCUUUGGAGCCGUCCUGGUUUUACACCGGUGAUUGUCUCUAUGGCAUUUGGGUGGAUGUCCUUUGCGAUAUUCCUCUACUACACCACGGUCUAUAUUCUCACAAUUCAUAAAGCCCAGCCGCUUACUGCAGUGGCUCAAAUGGUUCCACUGGUUAUUGGUGGAUUUUUCGCAACCAUAUCUGUUGGGCUCUUUAUCGGCAAGACACCUGCUCAGUAUAUCUUUGGCGUUUCAAUGUUCUCCUUCUUCAUUGGCAACCUGCUAAUGAGCUUCGUGAAUUACUCCAAUGUUUACUGGGCCUUUAUCUUUCCUGCUUGUCUGUUUGUUGUCGGCGGACCUGACUUAUCCUUUGCCUCAUCUGGAAUCAUUAUUUCCAAUUCGGUUCUCCCUGAAGAGCAGGGUGUUGCUGGAUCGUUCGUUUCAACGGUCGUGCAGUACUCUCUCUCACUUGGUCUUGGAAUUGCCGCCACAGUCGAGUCGCAUGUUAAUGAGGGAGGCGAGAGCCCUAUUCUCGGCUACCGGGGUGCAUUCUGGCUGGGGAUUGGAUUUGCGGCUGUGGGAUUCUUCAUUGUGAUCUUUUUUGUUCGCGAUCAUAGGUUUGACUCGAAGCCAGAGGAAGAUUCCGUCCCAGAUGAUAUUUCUGAGGCAGCAUCGCAAUGA